AAGAUUGAACAUGGGUAUUCCAGGUCUACUGCAGUUUAUCAGUGAAGCCUCAGAGUCGGUCAAUGUGAAGAAGUAUAAAGGCCAGACUGUCGCUGUGGAUACUUACUGCUGGCUGCACAAAGGAGCCUUUUCUUGUGCUGAAAAGUUAGUGAAAGGAGAGCCCACAGAUCAAUAUGUAACUUAUUGCAUGAAAUUUGUGGAUAUGCUCCUCACUUCUGGUGUGAAACCCAUCUUGGUUUUCGAUGGAUGCAAUUUACCUUCGAAACAAGAAGUAGAGAAGUCACGCAGAGAGCGUCGACAGAUGAACCUGCAGAAGGGGAAGCAGCUGCUUCGAGAGGGAAAGCUGUCCGAAGCCCGCGAGCGCUUCACACGCUGCAUCAAUGUCACGCCAGCCAUGGCCCAUGAUGUUAUCAAAGUUGCCAGGGCUCGUGGUGUGGACUGCAUUGUCGCUCCCUAUGAGGCAGACUCCCAGCUGGCCUUUCUAAACAAGAGCGGGAUCGCACAGGCAGUGAUUACUGAGGACUCGGACCUACUGACUUUCGGCUGCAAGAAGGUGCUCUUGAAAAUGGACACAUUUGGAAAUGGACUGGAGAUUGACCAGGCCUGUCUUGGGAAGUGUAAACAGCUGGGAGACGUGUUUAAUGAGGAAAAGUUCAGAUACAUGUGCAUCCUCGCAGGCUGUGACUACCUGGCAUCUAUCUCUGGUAUCGGUUUGGCCAAAGCCUGCAAGCUGUUGAAGAUGGCCAACAACCCUGACAUAAUAAAGGUGAUUAAGAAAAUUGGUCAGUACCUAAAGAUGAAUGUAACUGUGCCAGACGAGUACAUUGAAGGCUUCACCAGGGCAAAUAACACUUUCCUUUACCAGCUGGUCUUUGACCCAAUCAGCAGACGACUUGUUCCUUUGAACCCAUACCCAGAUGAUAUGGACCCUAAAACACUAAGCUACGCAGGGCACCACAUUGGGGAUAAUGAUGCUUUUCAAAUUGCUCUUGGGAAUGUGGAUAUCAACAACAUGGAAAGGAUUGAUGAUUACAACCCAGAUGCUGUGAAGCCUGUGAAACCAAAGAGCCGUGGCUGGAAUGACUGUGCUCCUCGUGAGCUCAGUAUAUGGAGUCGGGGUUAUUUACCUACUGGCAGUCUCCUAAAGAGCUUCCAAUCGCAGUCAAAAACAGAGGCAUCUCCAGAGAAACCCUCUACCAAAAGACUAGCGGAGGUGAUCAACACCAAGGGAAUAAAGCUUCCAAGCUGGGAGAAGCUGGCUAAGAGGACAAGGGAGGAAAAUGGUAUCUCUGAGACAGACCUACUUAGUCAGUAUUCAUUCUCGGGCAUGAAAAGGUUUAAGAAAGAAGAGUCUGAUGUUCCACUAAGCACUAAGUCCCCUGGACAAGGCAGAGGCUAUGUGACUAGAACGAGCUCUCCGGUUGAUAGCGUCUCUCCUUCAGCUGGGAAGCCUGGCUCACAGCCCAUGGUGCGAAACGGGUUUGCCACGCUGUUGCAAAGGAGGAACCAGGAAGAAGGGGUCACUGAAAUGCCAGGGACACAGAGCAGGUUCUUCAGUAACUCAGGUUCUAGUGGAGAUUCUGCAGUCAAAAAAGACAGUGCAGUGAAAUCUGAGGACCUGUUGGUUCAGGAAAAGAGGAAUUCCAGUCAUUCCAAUGUGACACGUGACUUACUGACAAUGAUAGACAUUGACAUUAAAGAGGAGGAAUCCAGGACGCCUGCUGUCAUUAGCCUCAGUCCCCAAAGCUCUCAGUCUUCUUCUCCCUCAGGGAGAGGUAUGGGUGUCUUUGGCUGGUCAGGAAGUAUAGCUGUGAAAGCAGAGGCUUGCUCCUCUUGUGGUACCUCUUCACUGCAGCAGUUCCAUAGGAAGAAGGACAGCAGCCCCUACUGGGGCAAGCCGUGCCCGGAACCCUCUACGUUAUUAAAUAAACUUAAUGAGGAGGAUCACCCGUGCCAUGAAGCAGAAGAGUCGGACAAUGAUGACCAUCCCAGGAGUGAACGGGGAAAUUCCCCUCAAUCCCAGGGUACAGGCUACCCAUCUUGGGACAGCCUGAGUUCCAGUGGGGUAUCUCCGUUUUCCCAGACAUCCCAAAGAAAGAUGAAUUUCAUUGAAAUCAAGAGUAGUCCAGAAUCAAAUGCUAGUGAACAUGCCAGUUGCUCCCCUGAACUGAAUGAAAAAAAGCAGAGCAGUACCAGAACCAAGGUCUCGGGGUUGUUCAGAGUCAGUCCCGCAGGUUCAGGUAAAAUCAAGCUCUCCGGACCAGCCAAAGCGAGCGGGCUCAGCAAGAGGUCUUCUCAGAAGAAGAAAGUCAGGGUCAAUGACGAGAACAAACCGGGCUUGCAGGUCACAAUCCAUGACUUGUGGAAGAAUUUUGGAUUUAAAAAGGGAAAAGAAAAGAUGAGUCCUUCGAAGAAAGCAGAGCCCAUGUUCCCAGUUAAGGAUAGUAGUCAAGCACUUACUCCAGACAUCUUGACCCAGAGUCUUUGAAUGUUCAAAGAGCCAUUUUAUGCCGACAGUCAUCCUUGACAGUGCAUUCCUUAUUAAAUGCAAUGUUUUGUAUUAAACACGUUUUUGUAUAUAUUUGUUACUGUGUUUACUGAUGAAAAUAUGUUCUUUAUUCCUUCAGGUUAUUUUACUAAAUGGGUAUUCUGUUCUUCUGUUUGUGCAGAUUGGGUGAAUAUUUCCCCAUGGGAAGCUUGUAGAAUUGUUAUUCUAUACCGUGAUCCUAAGCUUACUGCAGGUUUCUCCUCAUUCUGUCUGCUGUAUCUAAUGGUAUCCAGCAAGUGAAAUGUAGAAGGAAUUCUCUUCUAGUGUCUACAAGUAUAAAAAUUUGAGCUGAUUGAUCUUUUACUGAACGCAUUUCUCCUGAAACCUACUUUAAGAUAACUGGUUGUAAUUCAAACCUGAUUACUGGGAAUCCUAAGAGCACAGGAGUAGUGCAUUGGCAUUGGAGUCUGUCGUACAGUGUUGCUCGUGUUUAUUAAGGAAAGUUUCUUCUAGUUUUGUUUUUCAUAUUCUUGCAUAAUCGUAGUUUCAGUGAUCUGUAUCAGUGUUUUAAAUUAUCGUGGACAAGUCUUCUUUGUCAUGUGAUCGUUCAGCCUCUUGGCAUAAAUGUCAGCAAAUCUUCCUACAUAUUGUUUCCUUAAUGUUAAUCUCUGUCCUUUAGGAACGGUACUGGUCAACAGACAGCAGGUGCAUUGGGUAAAAAAAAAUUAAAAUGUGGUUAUGAAACUAUCGAAUAUUGUAAAAUAUAUAUAUAACAAUAUACAAAUAUACACCACAAGUGUGGGUAUAUCUAGCAUGGGAUACAUUUUUGUUAUUCCACUUAAUUGGGGUAACAUAAGUGGAAUAACAUGUUUACCGGGGACUAGUUUCAAAUUUCUGCUUACAUUCCGGCCCAUAUCCUCUAUUUCAUACUAGCCAACAUUUGGAGACUGUUCAG